GCAACGCCCUGCGAGCUGUGCUCUGUGGUGCGCGCUGUAGUCCUGCACAGUCCCUUUGGUCAGUUAUCUUGAAGAAAAAAAAAAGAAUUAUACUUCUGUCAUCAUUUGCAGGCCCAAAGCAGGGAGCGUGGGAGGCAUCUGCUGCGCUCAUAUGUACUGUACACUGUGUUCCAAGUGUACCCGACGCAAGGUUCAUUGUUUCCUGCCUUAGCACAGCCGUGUUUUCAGUGUCAGACUGACACAGUGACUCGGUUUGAAUCAUUUGUACAGAGAUGCUGAAAUGUCCCUUAAUUUCAGAGGCACCUACAGCAGCCAGUGUCUGGCAGAUCUCUGUUAAUGCAUCUUUUGCAUAUGGAGAUAAAAAUAAUCACCCCUUCUGGAGGGCAUGAAAGGUACUGGAGCGCCUACUCAACGACUUCAUCCGUUCUCAGAAAGUCCGUUCAGGGGGAACUGCAUCUGCGAACAGUCCCAAUUUCUGAGGCUGGUUAUUAAAUCUCGGUAACAAAAUAAAUGUAUUGACAUUUUUUUUAAAAAGAUGAAAAAUUCUUAAUUAAGCACAAAAUUGUGAACUUUGUGAAAGUAGUGCAAGUCGCCACGUUGUCGCAAACCUCUGGUUUCGCCAGGGGCAAGAGCGAGAGCUCACGAGAGUUGCAAUGUGAGGCGGCCCUUCCUGCUCACUAGUCCCUGUAAUGACUGAUGUCAUAACGGUGUUCAAACAUGUGAUCUGAAACGUUCCCAGCGUGAUCCGCAUGCAGAGUUAACAAGGAAGUAGAAUUCCUCCGAAAAACCAUCUCAAAAUCGAGAGCAAUAUUUCUGUUGGAUUGAAAGCGAUGUCGUCACGGUCCUGCUUGUUUGCAGUGUCACAGGGCCGCUUGACAUCACGAGAUGUUUUGUCGCCUCGUUCGAAGUCACAGAUCCUGGCGCUGCGCAGACCUGGAACUCUUGUGUAUUUCGUGUUGAAAAUUCAAGGUUUUACAAUUGACUGUGUACGUUUUUUCUUUUAUUGUGGUUUGAAACGCGCUCACCAGCACUGAUUUGUCCUAAUUUCGUGGCAGUACGGAGUCUAUGCUGGAUGCCAUGGGGUCCACAGCUGGGGUACACACUGGACAGGACACCAGACCCUCACAAGGUGUACUGGGACAGUUUAGAGACACCAGGUGAUGUAGUAAGAAUGCAUUAGGGUGAAGGAAGUAAACCUGUGUCUAUAUGGGAGAAAACCCACACAGACACGGGGAUAGUGUGCUGGCUCCACACAGAAGGCACACAGGUCCCAAGAGCUGUGCCACCAGGCUGCCAGCAUCGGCCACGGCAGUGUGGACCUGCAAGUCUGAUCAGGAUUGGUAGGGUGAUGCGGAAAAGAUGUUUCAUUAUGGGGAGGGCAUUUUUUCCAUCCGGCUGAAUAGGUAAACGCUCAAAGUGUUUGGUUUUCCAAGUCGCGGGGAAAGGGAUUCUUAAAAGUCUCACUGGCACCUUAGGCUGACAGAUUCAUAUAUCAUAAAUUAGCUUCUGAAGGAAUGUCUGCAAACAUCUCUGAACUUCACAUUCCUACAAUAUGUCCCUGAAACUGAUCUUAAAACUCACCUGGAAGUGACUGAAGAAGAAUUCAGCUCCUUCAAAGUGACAAAUAAUUUCAAAGAAAUUAUCAGAUGCAUGAAAAUAACUCUUCCUCCCACGAUUGCUGCAUCCCUUUAUAAUCUAGAACCCACACUUGUCUUACACCUAAUCCUCUCAUGAUAACAAGGAUCUUGUUAGCAAUGCAAUCUUGAGUACUGAAAUCCUUAUCUUUCUGCUUUCAGUCCAUGUCAUUACUCACUGUAAGUGACAAGAUGUUUUUAAACUUUGAAUUCAACAUUUUUAGUGUGCACUUUAUGUUUGCUUACUUGGAUGAAAAAACCCAUGAUUCUGAGAAUGUUUUUUAUCUUAAUGUCCGUUGAAGAUAUGCAAGUGAUGAAGCAAAAUGUAACAGUUUCCUUCCUGCCCUUUAAGCUGCUCACAUCUACAAAGUAGAGAUCUGACGCUGAUAGAAUAAAAGGCGAAAUUCUUAUUUUUUGUCAAACUGACUUUAGGGGUGGGCGAUACAUGUAAAAACACAUCACGAUCCUUUAUGUUAGAGACAACUUAGAGCAGAUCACAAUAUUGUAUAGUCUCGAUAAAGAUGUAUUUUAUUUGUUUGUAUAACAUUAUUGUCGCUGGAUGUGUGGUGCAGGAGAUGGCCAGAACAUGUGACACAUAGCACUUGUCUUAAAGAACCAAAAUGGUCCAUCUUUUACUCCUUUCUCACCUCCUUAUGACCUGGAUUGUAACAAGAGGCAGAUCAGACAUAGCAGACAGCUGUGAGUUCGCAGACCGCGGGGAGAGCUUCGUCACCGAGCAGGAGGCAGUGCGCUUGCUCUGUUAUCUGGGAGUGGAUGCAGAUGACAGCGGCGGGGUGGCCUUCACGUGGUACAGCCAUAAGAAUCUGGAGCUGCCUUUUUCCGAAGCAGAGCGAAUCCACCACCAUGAGGGAAUACUGUACUUCCUGCCCGUUCUCCUGACGGACUCUGGGACGUACACCUGUGUCUGGAAUACGACCGAUGAGUGUUCGUAUUUUGAGAGGAAGGUGACUGUCUAUGAAGCAAAGCCUUUCAAUUCCUCUGUCCUCUACACCCCUGUCACGACUUCUGCAGUUAAUCAAAAGAUCUUAUGUCCUGAUUUGUAUCCCAAUGCGACUGUAACCUGGUUCAAGGAUUUUCAGGUUCUUCCAAAUGCUACAGAAGACCAUGUGUAUAUAUUUGAUACAAACCCGGGCGAUAAUGGAAUCUACACGUGUAAGUGCAUCUGGGAGCAUAACGGGAAGGUGUUCAAUUUCUCAAGAUCCUUCCAACUAGAAGUUGAAGUUCCCUCAGCGCUGCAUGCCCCAGUGAUCCAGUACCCAGCCAACAACACUGUGAUAGCUGAGCCUGGUUCCCCCCAAAAAAUUGAAUGUAUAGUCUUCUUCGGUUUCGAUGUGGAAGACACUUGCUCAGUAUGGUGGGAAAAGAACGGGACGUCUGUGAGAUUUUCCAACGGAUACUCGCAGAACGUGACAAGGUGGUGGAGCCCCAGGGGGGUGAAUGAAAGAUACACAGAGAACAAUCAGACCCUGUACAAGGCCACUCUCUCCAUCGCCCGUGUUUCUCAGCAGGACUUCCACUCAGAGUUCAAGUGCACUGCAAUGAACAGUAUUAAGUGGUUUGAAGGUUUUGUCUUCAUUCAGCCCCAGCCAACAAUCUAUAGAAGCUUUGCGAUAAGCCUGCCUGUCUUGCUAGUCCUUCUCCUGAUGUACGUGGCGGUCAAGUAUUAUAUGAUUGACUUUGUGCUAAUCUACCGGGAUUUGCUCAAACCUUACUGCGCUCACAGAGACGGAAAGGUGUACGACGCAUAUGUUGUUUAUCCAAGACACAACCUUCAAAAAUCGUCAGAAGAGAAGAUCUACAGUUUCGUCAACGUGGUUAUGCCUAAAAUUCUGGAAACGAAGUGUGGCUAUAAACUUUUUAUUUAUGGAAGAGAUGAUUUACCUGGCCAAGAUCUCAUUGAGAUAAUGGAAACCAGUAUAAAGCUGAGCAGAAGGCUCAUCUUCAUUUUAUUUCCUGGAUCUGCAUCAGAGGAGACCUCUGAAGAGGUGUUUGAUAGAAAAUUUGGAUUGUACACUGCCCUGGUUCAAGAGGAAAUGAAGGCCAUCAUGAUUGAGCUUGAAAAGUUCGUUAGCUAUGAGCAUCUCCCCGUCACUCUCCAACACGUUAUUCAGAAGAGAAGACCUCUGAAAUGGAAAGGAGAAAUGUCACCCAACUCAGGGUUUUGGAAACAUGUGAGAUACCGGAUGCCAGGCCACACGUCAAGCUAAGCUGGAAGCGCUUCAGCUGGGACUGUGCUACCUGUCGAUUGUGCCUUCAAAUCCAGUUCUCUUGUGUGCUAGGCCUGGCAGUCUUGGCUGUUCUUUUAUUUGUGCCCUUUUGCUAAAGACCUGUUUCCUCAAUGUGUCUAACAAGGGCUUUGUGAUCUUGCCUGGAAUCUCUGAACGAUCCAGUUUCUUUCAAUGAGAAACGGUUCUGUUCUCUUUAAGCUCCCUGAGGUGUGAAGCGGAUUUAAUGCAUUGCUACUAUGCAGUCGGAAAUAGUAGCAAGAGUUAAAUGUUAAGAAAGGGGUUCACAUAUUGCAUUUUUGAGCCUGUUCUCUUUUUCAUAUAAUGGGCGGAUGGCUCUUUGCUCGAUUGCUUUUAUCCUGUAAUGUCUUUACAAAAAUCAUCACUAGCUCAUUUUAUAUAUUAUUUUUGUG